AUGGUAUCCUUGCGACUCCGACUGACACAUCUAAUGACCCAGACUAACAUGAUUGCAGCACCAGUAGCAUAUCUCCAUUCCCAAGAGUUCUACUUUCCCAGCGACAUCGGGUCACAUUUAGCGCACAGCCAUGCUGAAGACAAUUCAGGAGCGACACUCACGCCUACUUCGCCAUUGACGCUAAGCAACCUCGACGAGCUCAAUGUCUUCGCCAACUCCGGCGUGGAGGUCUAUCUGACCUCCAACGAAGGCAUCCAAGCGCUCCCUUCCUGGUUUCAAGGCUCCCGCCCCUCCACAGACGGCACGCUACCGCCAUCGACCACCGCCAUCAUCACCGUCUCCAAAGCCAACGACACCAUCGACGCCUUCUACUUCUACUUCUACGCCUACAACCAGGGCAACUGGGUCCUAGGUCUUCCGGCGCUAGAAUUCGGCGACCACGUCGGCGACUGGGAGCACACGAUGGUCCGCUUCGUCCGGGGCGUGCCGCAAUCCGUCUAUUUCAGUCAACAUUCGUCAGGCCAGGCCUUUACCUAUUCGGCGGUACAGAAAGCAGAUACAGAUAUGCACUCAAGGAACGGGCUUGGAGUGCGACCCGUGGUCUACAUCGCCAACGGCACCCACGCCAACUACGCGACACCCGGUCCGCACGACCAUACCAUUCCAAACGUCAAUACCCUGGUAGGUCCGCUCACAGACCACACGGACGCAGCAGGGAUAAUUUGGGAUCCGUUGCCACAGGCGCUGUGCUAUGAUUACGACGUUGACGCGGACGUGUUUACGGCGUAUAGUAGUGGCGGCGGCAGUCCGCCAAUGCCGAUUUCUGCAGCAGGCUGGCUCAAUUUCAAUGGUCGUUGGGGUGAUCGUCAGCUCCCGGACGAUACGGAUGGGCAGCUCGAUGUGUUUGGGCAGAGAAAAUACGUGUCUGGCCCGACGGGACCAAGAGAUAAAGGACUUGCGAGGACGAAGGUUUGUCCUGAUGGGCAUGAAUGUGUGGUUUUGCCGUUUUUGGUGCCUUGA